CAAUGUCAUGUCAGAUGCUGAAGACUCCCCUCAAUGUUUACCCUAAAAGAACAAUUGUAGGGAUUUAUAUAAUUUAACAUUCGAUAUAUAUACCAUAUAAUUCAGGGGGAUUCUAUUCAUUGAGAUCAUAAAGAACAUCAGGAUGCUAGUAUUCAACCCUGCUACCUACCAACAAACUGGAUUCCCUCAAUCACCAGAGACUAAAACAACAGAACCCUCAUUCGUGCAUGACGAGCCAACUAGAUCGAUAUGGGCUCCUCCUGUGAAACCCUUGCCUAAUGGAACCAAUCAAGCUUUCUUCUUUAUGUACCAAAUGAAACUGUUAAAUACCCUUGGUCUAGUUAAAUCUGUAUGUAGACCUUGGGGAACUCUACCUCACGGAAACGAUUUUGCAUACCACUUCAAUCAAAUAGCUACUACAAACAAUAUGAGCUUGCUACAGGGUUAUGAAUCGAUAUUCAGUGCCAUCUAUGAUAGGUUUGACGCCGAGGCUGCAGACCCCGAUGAUGCGAUCGCAUCAUUGUGGGCACAAGUAGCAGAUGUGGAUUAUUUCAAAAUAAUAUAUCGACUUGAGUGUAUGAGGAAUAAUACUCCAUUUGAUAAUAAAAGCUACAAUGAAAUGCUUGAGAGGACAGUAAACAAUGUGGAACUUCAAGGUGACCUCGAUCAAACAAUAGGAGUUAGCAAAUUCGACGAAAUACCAUCAUGGAAUAAAUUCAACUGGGAAUAUAAAAAUAGACAAUAUUCGCUGACACCAUAUGAAGAAGAAGGUGGAUUGCACUCCGAUGUUGAUAUGGACAUUGCAGCAGCAUUUAAUGUCGCUGAACAGUAUGAUGACGAAUCAUUCUACAACCCUGAAUACCUAGACGCAGAAAUGAACGCCAUUGAAUUGGAAGAAAGGAUGAGGCAACUCAGCUCAAUGCAAGAAGCUGUUAUCCAAGAAACACAUAGGAUCUAUAACACGCGGAGCCAGAAUGAAUUUGAUAAACUGGUUAUGCAGGUCGUUUCUAAGCCUCGUGAUGCGCAAGGUUUGCGUAAUAUAAAACAAAAUAGAACUUCACGCACGUCAUCUUCGGAAUCCAGAGUUAGCACCAGACAAAGAUCAAGUGCUAGAAAGUCUAACAAUUAUGAUCCGGAUUACGCUGGCGAAUACGGAAUAAAACCGCUCUCCGGUCGUAGGAAAUCUGAUGAAUCCAGAAGGGGUAAAAAGAGGCGUGCAGAUUCACCCCGUGGUCCUAAUACAGCACCUAAAGCUCCAUCAUCGGGAAGGUCGGAUGCAUCACAUGAAGACCAUGCUGCCUCCAGGUGUAACAAUGUAGUGUCAGCCAGUGUAUCGUUCGACAAACGACAGCAGAGAUACAUGGCUCAAUGGAAGACUAGGGAAGGCACCAAGCAUUCCAAGUCAUUUUAUGCAAAAAGAUAUGAUUCGUCGGUGAUGGCACGUAAACACGCAGAGCUAUACAAGACGUACGUACUCCAGCACCGUGACAACGAUGGAGAUAUCAUGGAAGAACCUACAUAUGAAAGAUUGGCCGCCAACAAUUUCAGGGAUCUAGAUUACAUAAACGUGACAGAUUCUAACUAUAUGGAUGACAUGGAGUAAAUUAAAAUAGUGUACAUAAGACAACAGACU